UCGUCCCGGCCAUUCAAAACAACGAUGGACGGGAAAGCCUUGCAAACCGUUCCGUUCUUUACCAGGUCCGAGCCCUUUCACACACCCAAACCGUUAAGGUUUCUCACCGAAACACCGUUCAGCUUUUCCGGUGUUUCGGCCGACCUUUCUCUUUGUGGUGUCGACCACAAAGAAACGGAAUCCGGAAAGGAAAAGCCUCCGGUUCUUGAUGGAAUCGCUGCUGUUGUGGGCCAACACGUCCUCUUCGGAGGUAGCAACGCAAAGGAAAGUGUAGAAAUCGGUGACAAGCCCGAGCACCCGGCCGGUUUCGUUUCGUUUUCGAAACGUUUCGGUGCCGAAACGGUUAAGGGAGUGGGGAACGUUUCGGUGCAGAAGAGCUAUAGAGGAGUGAGGAAGAGGCCGUGGGGGAGGUGGUCGGCGGAGAUACGUGACCGUGUAGGGAAGUGCAGGCACUGGCUGGGCACGUUCGAUACGGCGGAGGAUGCGGCGCGUGCUUACGACGCGGCGGCGAGGCGGCUGAGGGGGUCGAAAGCCAGGACCAACUUCGAAAUUCCUUCGGUACUGCCAGUAGUGUCAUCGCCUUCAACAUCUUCAUCUUCAUCUUCGGAUGUUAAGAAGGCGAGUGCCGCCAAGGCCAAGGCAGCGCAGAGUAGCCGGAAAUGCUUGGCGGUGACUUCGGUGGCUCAGCUUUUCAGUUCAAAUGUUUGUACUACUAGGGAAGGGAACGGGAACUUGGAGCUUGACUUGAAGCUGGGUGUAUCUAUGCUUGUUUAGUGUUAAAUGUAUCUGUGUGUGUUCAUUUAGCAUGCCUUCUUCGUAGUUCUUUUUUUUUUUUUUUUUUUUUGUGCGUCUUUCUUGCUGAUGGGCUGGAUGUAUCUAUAUAACGCAUAUGCAUGAA